AUGGAGCCAUCUGAUGACUGCUUGUUGCGGGCUGAGAGACUGCUCGCCGAAACUCCGCUGAUCGAUAAAGAUGGGCAUAAUGACUUUCCGUAUAUGAUUCGUGGAUGGCACCUUGGCAAAGUCGGAGAUGUCGACGCUCGCCAAAUGGCGAUUGCCCACACUGACCUGGAUCGGCUACGAAUGGGUCGCGUUGGAGGCGUAUUCUGGAGUGCAUACGUACCUUGCCCAAAAGAAAACUCGACCAACAACUUCUCGACCGAUGUUCAUUACGAGAGCCUUCGAGAGACACUUCAGCAGAUUGACAUCAUCCAGACCUUGAUCGAACGAUACCCCGAUGCUUUGCAGCUCGCAGGAUCAUCGAAAGAAGUCUGGGAAGCUUUUGGCUCUGGUCGUGUUGCAAGCUUGAUUGGCGUCGAGGGCUUGCAUCAGAUUGCCAAUAGCGCCAGCGUCUUGAGAAACUUUCAUCGGCUGGGUGUGCGAUAUGUCACCUUGACGCAUGAUAGCAACAACCUCUACGCAGACUCAACUAACGCAGCUGCUUCCCAUCAUGGUGGAUUGUCCCAGCAAGGCGUCGAGAUGAUCCAAGAGAUGAAUCGUAUCGGCAUGAUCGUUGAUCUGUCUCACACGUCGAUCGAAGUUCAGAGACAGGCUUUGUCCAUCUCCAAGGCCCCGGUCAUCUUUUCUCACUCCUCUUGCUCUGCCGUAACGAAGCAUCCACGCAAUAGUCCAGACGAUGUCUUGGACUUGCUCAGAACCAACGGCGGAGUCUUCAUGGUCUCGUUCCUUCGCAAGCUCACCGACGCUGAUGAACCUACGCUAGCAAGAGUAGCAGACCACAUACAACACGUUGGAGAAAGAAUCGGGUAUGAACACGUGGGGAUCGGUUCGGACUUUGAUGGUACCAUGCAGACGCCCGAUGGACUGGAAGAUGUCUCAAGGUUCCCUUUCCUGAUCGCCGAGUUGCUGCGACGGGGUGUGCCUGAUGAGUCUGUCAAGGAUCUGGCGGGUCGGAACGUGCUUCACGUGAUGGAUGAAGUGCAACGAGUGUCGGCAGAAUUGAUGAGAAACGACGCAAAGAUGCUACAUGAUGACAUUGAGCCGAUAUGGGACGAGAAGGUCAGAGAGGAGGUCAAGAGGGUGCGCGGCAUUGUCGAAUGA